AAGCGCGUCUCCGUCUGUACCGAAGAUGAUUCGUAUAUGUACAGAUACUUUUUCGUAAAUUAUGAACCCAAACUGAAUUAAAGCUCGUCCUUUUUCCACACGUAAUUAAGCGGACCGUGGAUUGGUUGUACCCCAAAGUUGGCUACUGAAUCAGGCAAAUAAAAAAAGAAUUAAAUAAAAAGGGUGAAUCCUAAUCCCUACCACUUUUCUACAGCUGUGGCAGGGUACCACCAUCCAGCCAUCCAGCCAUCUUACAACAAAAUAGGCAGACGAAUUAUACAUCUCGAUUCCCACUUCACGAUAAUAACCACGUCUUUCCUUUUAUUUCCGACAAUAAAGAAAAUAAAGAAAUGUCACCACUAAAUCACCAAUAAUUACAUGUCUACUUGUUAGUUACUACUGAUUCUUUGCGACCUCGACAAUGGCAGGGAUUGAGCAGUUGGAAAUCCAUAGCAAGUCUUACAUUGUGCGAUGGGUAAGAGUCGAAGAAGACCAAACCAUUUCUUGGAGUGUGCAGCCUCAUAAGAAGUCAAUUAACUUCGGCAUCGUCAAACACCCUGGCUCCGGCGCAACGAAUUAUGGCUCAACCGUAGACGCCCUCAAUUCCUCGCUCGAACAUGUCGAUGGUAGCGGAACCCACGGAAAAGGUAGCCGAUUUGGUAAAAAAGAUGCGAGCACAGCACAAGAACAAUUGGCCAAUAAGGGCUUCAUUCCUAUAAAAUGGUACGGAAAAUGCGAAGCCGACAAGGUGUCCAUGGGGACAUAUGACGUACUACAAGGUCAAGGGGGCAUGUUUGGCUUAAUAUUCGAUAAUACCUUCUCGAAGCAAACGUCCAAAACCGCGACCUUCGUACUCCUUACAUAUCCAACUGGUGCACCGCCCCAAGGAGCGCAUUACCUCCCAAACCUUCAGGGAGGUUCCCAUGCGAGCACGAGCAAGACUAGUUUAGGGAAACAUAGUCCACACAUAGGUGCUGCCGCUGACUCUACCGAAAGCCUACAGAGUCAUACCCGAGGCCAACGAGCAAAGUCACUAGCAGGUCAGAGCGAUGUAACGGCUAGUUCAACUACAUAUACGGGCACUUUGCUAAAGAGGCGGAGGAAGAAGGGCCAGGGUUAUGCUCGCAGAUUCUUCUCCCUAGACUAUUCAUCUUGCACGCUGUCGUAUUAUCAUAACAGGGGUACUUCCGCGCUGCGAGGUGCAAUUCCUUUGAGCUUAGCUGCAAUUGCCGCAGAUGAGCGAAGAAGGGAGAUCAAUAUUGAUUCUGGAGCCGAGGUUUGGCAUCUGAGGGCAUCAAAUGCCAAGGAAUUUAAUGACUGGGCCCGCGCUCUAGAGAAGGCGAGUCGGAUAGCUCGGGGGCUAGAGCCAAUGCUUGAGGAAGCUUCGGCUUCGGCUCCAGCUCGAAAACUCACCGUCGCCACUCCGACACAGGCGAAUCCACCAAAUACACACCAAGAGGAGGACCGAGAAUGGCAACAAGUCGAGGCUCUUGUUAGUCGUAUUGUCGGAACAAGAGAUGCUCUACGUCGCUUGGUUAAGGAUAUGACGGUGCAAAAACAGCGCCCACAGAGUUCACACGUAUCACUCGGUUCACCGGCUGCAUCGGAGAAUAGUGACGGUUAUUUCACGCCAGCUCAAGAUAAACGGUCCUUCUGGAAACGCAAAACUAGCGCUUCGCCUCUAGCACCAGAUACUUUAGCACCAACGGUCUCGUCGGCUUUAGCUGUUCCCACUCCAGCUGCUGCAAGACCGAAUGGAACGGCAUCUUCGAUGAAGUCUAUCCAGGGCGAUCAAGACGAUCGGGGUACACAUGCGCAUUGCGAGGCUCUCCUUAACGACUUAGACUUGGUCGUCUCGGAGUUUACCAAGGUCCUCUCAAAUAGCAAGAGGCGGCGCACUCCGAUGCCUGUUGCUUCUACAUCGAGGCGAAGUCUUGAAUCUACUGCAUCUACUGAUGAGUUCUUUGAUGCUGAGGGAGGUGAGACCGAGGAUAGACCUCAAGUCAUGAUGAUCGGCCGUCGUGGAAGUGAAGAAGAUUCUCAUGAGUCAGAAGCUGAUGACGCGACAAUUGAUGACUCGUCUUCAGUCUCAUCUGUAGAAGAUGACGAGGAAGUCACAGGAGCUAGCGGGGCUGCAGCUUUGUUCCCUCCAAAACCGAAAACUCUCCAUCCCUUACCUGUCGAUAUUGCAGUCGACCGUCGAAAGACGAUUCCUCCAGUCACUGUUCCUCCACCAAGCUUAAUCGCAUUCUUCCGCAAGAAUGUAGGCAAAGACCUAAGUACAGUCAGUAUGCCGGUCUCGUCCAACGAGCCUAUUUCCGCACUGCAACGUGUUGCGGAACAGCUCGAAUAUGCGCAACUCCUUGAUAAGGCAGCACAACAGAGAGCACCUAAGGAUCGUCUACUAUAUGUGACUGCUUUCGCGAUUUCGCAGUUCAGCGCCAAUCGUGUUCGAGAACGCGCUAUGCGCAAACCUUUCAAUCCUCUUCUAGGUGAAACUUUCGAGCUGCUUCGAACGGAAAGCGAAGUACCUGGUGGAUUUAGGCUUGUGGUUGAAAAAGUCACGCAUCGUCCAGUGCGUCUCGCUAUGCAAGCUGAUGCGGCGGCUUGGUCAUUAACACAGAGUCCUGCUCCAUCGCAAAAGUUUUGGGGUAAGAGCGCCGAAUUGAAUACUGAAGGACGAGUUCGUGUCGCGUUACGUCUAUCGGACGGCACCGAUGAACUCUACUCCUGGAACAUCGCUACUAUGUUCCUACGAAAUGUCGUGAUGGGUGAGAAAUAUGUUGAACCUGUCGGGUCUAUGGUCGUUUCCAACGAUUCUACGGGAGCGAAGUCUAAUAUUGAGUUCAAAACUAAGGGUAUGUUUGGUGGUCGAAGUGAAGAUGUUGAAGUCGCAUGCUGCGAUGCGAGCGGGACCCAGACAGGAUUUGGCCUUGUGGGCAAUUGGACGUCGUCUAUUAAAGUAGUGGAAGGCGGUAAACCUACCGGACAAGAAAUAUGGAAGGCUGGUCAGCUCGUUCCUAACGCACCGAAUACCUACGGUUUUACAUCAUUUAGCGCUGCACUCAAUGAAAUUACGCCUAUUGAGAAAGGUCGUCUUCCGCCCACGGAUACUCGACUGCGACCCGACCAGCGUCUAGUUGAACAGGGCAAGUUUGACGAGGCUGAAGAGUGGAAGGUCGCACUUGAGGAGGCUCAGCGAGCAAGGAGACGGGAUAUGGAGACCAAUGGCGAAGAACAUAAGCCGAAGUGGUUCGUCAAGGUCCCUGAAGCUCCUGAAGGAGAGGAGCUCUGGAGGAUGAAGCACGGCAAGGAGAGCUACUGGGAAGAGAGGAUGAAAGGAGAGUGGAAGGGUGUUGAGCGUAUUUUCGAAGUCCAACCUUAGUUGGUCAACCCAUUUUGACCUUUUAUUCACGACGAUAGACGAGGUGGUUUUGUGAAAUUGUACGGCGAUAUACGAUUGACUGAUGCUGACAUAAGCAAUUAUUUACAUGUUGGUCUGGUGUGCAUAGGACAAAUAAAUAGAAGGGAGUGGGAUUUACCAUUCAUAUUAGAUCUAUAACUCCGCUUAGCGACUUCAUAUGACCUGAUUUUAAUCUGAUAUUGGCCGAUAUUGGUAUAGAUUACUCC